CAACCUCAGGGCCAACUGGAACACGAGAAGCUGUUUACAUUCCCCGAAGAGAAAAAGGAAGUCCGAGGAGAAUGUUUGGCUUAUUUGAAAUGUGCGUCAAGCUUUCCGUUACUGAUAGACCAGAGAAGCAGCAGCACAGGGCAUGAAGUGUGUGGUGAAGAGCCGAGGCAGUGAGGAGGACACCUUUUGAGGCAUCUCAUGGUUGAGGCUCACACAGCUGUGGUAUUCCAGGGAGAAUCCGGAGGGGAUCUUGCUUGUGCCUCAGAAUGGCUGGGACCAAGGCUUGGACACCCAGAAGAGGAAGAGCGAAGAUUACUGUCCCCUCUAACUGAUCAGAGGCACUUUUUUGAAGCGAGUGACCAGUCACAUACUAAAGUGACGCCUCAUGGAAGUGACCCCAAUGGCAACUUCAAAAACACAAGGGAGACUAUGGAGUGCUAGUUGUGUUAACGUUGCCUCCAAGCAUCCAGCCAGGGCACCAGUAGGCAACAGAGCAUAUGGAACCAUCAGUGCCAAGUAUAAAGGGCCAGGACCUGGGAAAUAUGGCAGGCAACCUUGCACUGGCAUUAAGGACCAUGACUUCACCAAGUAUGCGGAACCAGCCUACACGAUGCGUGUGAAGUCCUCAGAACGAAUUAUCUCUAUCCUGGAGAGUCCUGGACCCUGCUACUUUGUGGAUCCGAGCAUUUCCCAUUUAGGAAUAUGGAAACCAGCAUCAUUCCGCAUGGCAGCAGAGAGAAAGAAGACACCAGGUCCACACGGGACACCUGCCCCAAAUGAGUAUUAUGUGGAGAAGAUCCACCCACCAGACGAGCCAAAUGCACCAGCGUAUACCAUGGGCCACCGGACACAGUACUGGGAGAGCAGCCCGCACCCCGGCCCCAACCAUUACACCCUCCCAGAGACACUGGGCCCCAGAUUACCGAUCAAUAUAUCUGCCCCCUGCCUCACAAUGGGUUCCAACGCAUGCGUGUGGGGCUACGCUACAGACCGAGUGAAAGGUCCUGGCCCGGCAAUGCACAGUAGACCCGAGCCGAAUGUUUACCUGCACCGCCAGCCUGCCUACAGCCUGUACCAAAGGCUCCCCCCUUCCAGCAAGGACUAUAUCCCAGGCCCCCCUGACUACAAUGCCGAGGAAGUCGUGGUCCACAAACCCAGGGCGCCACGCUUUAGCCUGGGGAUCCGGCACUCCGACUACAUCACCAGCACGCCCACGAUGUGCAUCAUCAAAGAAUGAGCAUCUUCCCAGGUGGCAAUGGCUAAUCCAGAGAGCUCGUUGCGGUGCCGAGAUCUCCUCCUCGGCCCAGUUUCAGCAGCCAGAGGCAGAGAGCUCGCCUAGAUAGCAAUUCUUUUCGAGGCUGGCUUGGGAACCGUGUUGUGACUUAUUGGGAGGAUGUCCCACUGGACCUGCAGCGACGUUUUCCAGGCACUUACGAAAUCAAAUCAAACAAUAAAGCAAUCUCAUAA